AACUUUCGCAUUCAACGCGCUCGUUGGACGCGGCCUUCCUGAAGGGUGCCGCGUUCGGCGUGAAAACGACCGAGUCGCUGAUUCACGUUGCCCGCUAAAAUAUUUCACCGCGCAGGCAUUUCCCGUGGCGGGACAUGCGAGCCGAGACGGGGGGAUGAUGAGCUGCUUCGUCGGAGCGCGGGGCUCCGCGCGCGUGUGGCUCUGCGCGCUCGCCCUGUGCCUGCUGGCGAGCGCGUGCGCACGUGGCGCGGCCGCCUUCCCCAACAAGCCCGACAGCCCCGGCGAGGACGCCCCCGCGGAGGAAUUGGCCCGGUACCUGUCCGCCGUGCGCCACUACAUCAACCUCAUCACCCGGCAACGGUAUGGAAAGAGGGCGCUUACCGAGCCCUACGUCCCAGAGUUUAUAUUUCAAGAAAAUCGUGGCGACAGGAGCAGCAACCCGAGAUUUGACAGCGUGACCAUGUGGUGAUUCGGUUAAAAUUGAAGAUGCCCGUCAACUCUUCAUCCACCUCCCCUCUCCUCCCCAUCGAGCCCCCCAAACCCCACCCCUCCAUCCACCCCCCCCAUUCCUCCCCACCCCUCC